CUGGAGGAUUCACGUAAAGAAGCAAAUUCCUCCUCCAUAGUGUAGCAACAACAGGCAAAACCAUUGUCCGGAUUUCACGCGAUAUCUACAAUGUCAAAUGCCGAUCCGCAUGUGGAAGAUGACGAAGAUGAGUACUUGUACGGUGAAACACUCGGAGAACGAAAAGAAGAGGACGCGCCGGACGCGCAGGCAGAGUCGUCUGCUGAGCCCAUGAGUGAAGAGAGCGAUGAUUCUGACAUUGAGUUUAUUAUUGAGACGAAGCCAGGCGAGCGAGCCGAACCUCCAGGCGGUACAUCUAGUAUUUAUGGACUGGGUAAGGCUGGUCUGCGAAAGCCAGCAGAACGACCGACGGUCGAAGUCAAGUCCAUGGAACCUCAAGAUGCCUCUGCCGCAGCAGAGACUGCUCAGCAGGUAGACAUUAACCCUACAGCCAAAAUAGACGGUAAAAAUAUCUUCGAAGUGGAUCUAGAGUCCUUAGAAGAUAAACCCUGGCGGAAGCCGGGUGCUGACAUCUCAGACUACUUUAAUUACGGGUUUGAUGAAUUCACGUGGGCAGCAUACUGUGCAAAACAAACUACUUUGCGUGAUGACUUUAGCCCUCAAAAAUUUAUGGCUAAUCUCAUGGGAGGUCCUAUGCCUUCUGGUGAUAUGUCUAAUGCUCCAGACUUCCAAGCUAUGAUGUCUGGUUUCCCACCAUUCAUGCCAAUGCCACCUCCCCCUAUUGCUUCUGCUUCCCAAGACGAGCUCAACUAUUCACGACCCCCGUUCCCCGUUCCUACUCCUACACCACCUCUUGCAGGUAAUGCGGAUUCUGCUUCGCAAAUGAAUAGUGGUGCAAACACACCUUCGCAUGGUUACCAUGCUUCAAAUAGCAUGCCUCCCGCGAAUUUGCGAGAAAAUGAAAGCCCUGCUCGUUCACCCAACCACUACGGCAGGCCAGAAAGCGGCCACGGUCCAUACCAGCAAAGCUCUUCUGGCUACGGUGGUAAUCCCCCAAGUUCUAUCCAAUCUUCGUCAGGUAGUAACUAUGUCCCAAGUAGAGGUCCUUCUUAUGGUGAUCGCUCUCACAACAAUAAUUAUUCUGGCUCAUCUAGACGGCGACAGAUGUCUCCAGAUAGAUACGGUGGUUACUCGAGUUCUCGAGGAAAUAGCGGUCGGUAUCGCAGGAAUCGCUAUAAUUGAGGAGAAAAAAUUUUAUUUCCUUUACUUCCAAAAUUCACCCAGAAAUUAUAAAUAAUGGUGGUAAGAGAACAACGAUGGUACAAUGAUCGUACAUAGUAAUGAUUUUCUGGAUGUCCAAGUUUUGCUAUGUUAAUGCUACAGUGUUUACCUUAUUUUUCUUUUUGAUCUGACUAUGUCCAAAAAAAUUAAAAUGCAUUCAAUUUCUUUCAUAUAUAUCUGUUAUCUAAUUUCUGUGUGGGAUAACAUAAAAUCGUUACUGAAUAUCAUACAUAUCAUCAUGAUUAUGGAAAUAUUUUAAUAAUCUUGUGUCUCAUCGUCCAAUUCAUCAAGUACUUGUUGAGCAUGUUUCUUGGCAUCGCCGGAGAUAUUGGGGUUAUGCAAAGUGGCCUUGUAACCGCCACGGACAUUACCAAGGUUCUUGCCGCGUUGGGACUCUUCCUGUGCAAAAUCACCAGUAUCAAGAGCAUCUUCGUCUUCGUACCCUUCAUCGCCCAAAACGUUCUCUAUGCCGUAGUCUUUUGCGGCACCAUGAGAGCGGGUUUCAUAGCCAGAUGUUCUUUCGGCUCCGAUAUCUUCUUCCUCGAAGUAUCCACUAGAGGGUUCAUCUGGAUCAACGUCUUCAUCAUAAAGAUUUGUGACUCUAGGAUCCUCACGAGCGGGCCUUCCGUAGCCACCGUAGCCAGAACUCUUCUUAGAAAAUUUACCUGCCAUGUUAUGAAAUGGAGUAAUUACUAGAACCAAAUUUGAAAUGAAACUUUUGGAUUCGAAUAAAGAUGAUCGAUCCUAGUUCCAUUCUCUUCUUAUAUACUUUUGACUUCUCUAGGUACAUUUCAUUUUACAUCAUUCGAAUGGGAAUUAUGACAGAAUUCGCAAUUUUAAGCCAGUUUCGUUUAAUUUCUAACAAAAGCUACGUGUAAAAGUCGUUCCGUCUUCUUUACUUACGAAAGGUCGUUCGCUCAGUCUUCUACUACACAACGGUGGUGGCGAGCAUAUGAUACGUAUAUAGACGUAAAGUAAUUGAGCAUGAACGAAAAGGCAAAAAGGAUGUAACCAACUGUUUGAGGUAUAUCCUUUAACGGAAUUCCAGAAGUAUACGAGACCGUGAAGCAUUCAACUGCUACUGGUCCUCCGUUUUUACUUGACUUAUUCGAGUUUUUUUUACAUAAAAAAAAACACGUAUUACAACAAUAAACAAUAAAUGAUGGCAAUGAAAUAGGGAUGAACAGGAUAUUUUAUCUCCAGCUCGAAUGAAAGAAAGUGCUGAUAGAUUUGUAUGUUGAUGACGAUCGCAAGUAGGAUUUUUUAUACAAAAAUAUUUAAUCAAGAAACGGGAAUUUAAAAGUUUUUUUCCUUUUUUUUACAUGUUGUUCAUUUAUCAUGGAAAUUAUGGAUGAUAAAGAAACGCUGCACAUUUCUUUCUGUUUUUGGGAUCAUUCAUAAUAGACAACGAAAAGCGUUUGAUUAGGAAAGAAUCUCAUCAACAUUACUCAAAGAAAGGUAGAUAGA